AUGAGCAAUGUCCUUUUAUCUUCACAGGUCAACGGGAAGGAUCUCUCAAAGGCCACCCAUGAAGAGGCAGUGGAAGCUUUUCGAAAUGCCAAGGAGCCCAUUGUGGUUCAGGUGCUAAGGCGAACGCCUCUCAGUAAACCAAUCUAUGGAGCGGCCCCGGAAGUGCAGCUCAUGAACGCCAGUACUCAGACGGACAUUACCUUUGAGCACAUCAUGGCCCUGGCUAAGCUUAGGCCACCUACCCCUCCGGUGCCGGACAUCUGUCCAUUUCUGCUCUCAGACAGCUGCCAUUCUCUUCACCCGAUGGAGCAUGAAUUUUAUGAGGACAAUGAGUAUCUUUCCAGCUUGCCUGCUGAUGCAGACAGAACAGAGGACUUUGAAUAUGAGGAGGUCGAGUUGUGUCGUGUUAGCAGUCAAGAGAAGCUGGGCCUGACAGUCUGUUACCGCACGGAUGAUGAAGAAGACACCGGCAUUUAUGUCAGCGAGGUAGAUCCAAAUAGUAUUGCUGCCAAAGAUGGCCGGAUUCGAGAAGGGGAUCGUAUUUUGCAAAUAAAUGGGGAAGAUGUCCAGAAUCGAGAAGAAGCAGUGGCAUUGCUCUCCAGCGAUGAGUGCCGGAGAAUCGUGCUGCUCGUGGCGAGGCCGGAGAUUCAGCUGGACGAAGGCUGGCUGGAAGAUGAAAGGAACGAAUUCUUAGAGGAGUUAAACUUGGAGAUGCUGGAAGAACAGCAUAAUGAAGCAAUGCAGCACACUGCCAAUGAGGUGGAGCAGCCAAAAAAACAAGAAGAAGAAGAAGGCACAACAGACACGGCCACAUCCUCAUCCAACAACCAUGAGAAGGACAGUGGAGUGGGGCGCACGGAUGAAAGCUUGCGGAACGAUGAGAGCUCAGAGCAGGAGAAUGCGGCUGAGGAUCCCAAAAGCACAUCUUUGAAGAGCAAGAGAGCUGGGCAGAGCCAGGACACCCUGGGGAGCGUGGAACUCCAGUGCAAUGAGAGCUUUGUGUCAGGUGAAUACAUUGACUCGGACUGCCCUGGCAACCAAGAUGAGGAGUGUGAGCGAUUCCGGCAGCUCUUGGAGCUCAAAUGCAAGAUUCAAAACCAUGGAGAGUACGACCUGUAUUACUCGAGCAGCACAAUAGAAUGCAACCAAGGGGAACAAGAGGGAGUGGAGCAUGAGCUACAGUUGCUGAACGAAGAACUAAGAAACAUUGAACUUGAGUGCCAGAAUAUCAUGCAAGCUCAUAGGCUCCAGAAGGUAACAGACCAGUACGGAGACAUCUGGGCAUUGCAUGAUGGAGGAUUCCGAAACUAUAACACCAGCGUCGAUAUGCAAAGAGGAAAACUAGAUGACAUCAUUGAGCACCCAGAGAAGUCAGACAAGGACAGUUCUAGUGCUUACAACACCGCCGAAAGCUGCAGGAGCACGCCGCUCACCGUGGACCGUUCCCCUGACAGCUCCCUUCCCAGAAUGAUCAACCUCACCAAUAAGAAAAACCUGAGAAGCACCAUGGCAGCCAGCCAGUCCUCUCCUGGACAGAGCAGUAAAGAGUCGACCUCCACCAAAGCCAAAACCACCGAAGGUGGUGGCAUCGAAGGCAAGGAGAAGAUCUCAGAAAGCAACAAGCUUUCUGAUCAAGAGAAGACCGGCAGCGAACACAUCCCUUACCUCUCUCCUUACCACAGCUCCUCAUAUAGGUAUGCCAACAUACCAGCCCACGCCCGGCAUUAUCAAAGCUACAUGCAGUUAAUUCAACAGAAAUCUGCCGUCGAGUAUGCCCAGAGUCAGCUGAGUCUGGUGAGCAUGUGCAAGGAGUCCCAGAAGUGUUCGGAACCCAAGAUGGAAUGGAAGGUGAAAAUUCGGAGCGAUGGGACCCGGUACAUCACAAAGAGACCAGUGCGAGACCGGAUUCUGAAGGAACGUGCCUUAAAGAUCAAGGAGGAGCGGAGUGGCAUGACGACGGAUGAUGACACUAUGAGCGAGAUGAAAAUGGGUCGCUACUGGAGCAAAGAGGAAAGAAAGCAACACCUGGUUCGGGCCAAAGAGCAGCGUCGGCGCCGCGAGUUCAUGAUGCGGAGCCGGUUAGAGUGUCUCAAGGAGAGCCCUCAGAGCGGCAGUGAGGGCAAGAAGGAGAUCAACAUCAUUGAACUGAGUCACAAAAAGAUGAUGAAGAAGAGAAACAAGAAAAUUUUGGACAACUGGAUGACAAUCCAAGAACUGAUGACCCAUGGGGCCAAGUCUCCGGAUGGCACGCGAGUUCAUAAUGCCUUUUUGUCAGUCACCACUGUAUGACCGAGUGAAUGGGAAUGGAAUGCAACUGAUUUUAAGAGGGUGCUACCAAUUUGGGUAGAGUAUGAUUGCCUCGUUCAAUGUGGCGUUUUUAUAUAUAUUUUCUGACUCUUUAUAGUUUAAAUUUUUUGUAAGGCAAAAAUACCUGGUAACUUUUCAUUUGUUUUUCAUAUACUCGUACCUUUUUUUUUUCCCCCUGAGGACUUUCUUUAACUUGUGAUAUAUUCAUAUUAUUCAUUUAUAUAUAAAAACAAAAGGAAAGAAAACAAAAAAAAACUUGAACAAAAAUUCUGAGGAGCCAAUUAAUUUCCUAUUUUAUUGUAUCUAUUGUAAGUUAAGACCUGGAUUUAUUUCUCUAAUUUACUUAUUUUCUACUUUAAUAACAAGUCAAUGCCAAAACAUUUCUAUACUUGCUUCUUGGCAUAAUUCGUAUUAAAUCAAAUCUGUUAAUAAAUCAUGUACCACAUCUUAUACAUAAAAACCACCUCAGUUUAACAUCCCGUUGUACAUUUAGCACAUAAAUGGCCGUUGUCUUUGUCUCAGUAAAGUGUAGGUGGACAAUCUUCCUGUGAUAUGUAGUGACAUUGGUCAUGUAGCUAGAUAAUUGUGGUAAUUGUGACAAUAAAAGAGAAAUAAAUUAUUGAUUAUCCUUAAGAAA